CUGCUACUCUGGUGGGUGACGUCACAGGGCGGCGCCGUCCCACGUUCCUUAUCCGGGCCGGGAGAGGUUGAGCCUGGGUUCGGGCGGGUCACUUUUUUUUUUUUUAAUUAUUUAUUUAUUUUUUUGCUGCCGGAUUAGAAUAAAUGAAUACUAAUUAGAGCAGAGAGCUCGUUGCCCGCCGCCAUGAGAGCAGUGACCCUCGGAGAGGUGUGAGAGGUGAAGCCGGGGUUUCAGGGCAGUGCCCCGGUAGCCCUCCCUGGGAUGAUGCGGCGGGGGGGUCCCCGGGAUACCGCUCCCACUGGCCGAGGUAUGAGAGGCUGCACCGGCCGAGAUGGCUAGCGGCGGCGGCUCUGGUUCCGCCCGGUCUUCCCUGCCCUCCGGAGUGGCCCCGGGCGGCUCCCAACCCCGCAGGAAGCUGCUGACUGUCUGCGAGCAGUGCAAGGCCAAGAUGCAGCUGGUGGCCGACCUCCUCCUGCUGUCCAGCGAGCCCCGGCCUGUCAACCCGGAGAACAACCUGCAUCUGGGUGAGGCUUUUGAGAAAUGCAGAGACACAGUGAUUGCCCGAACCAAGGGCCUCUCCAUCCUCACCCAUGAUGUCCAGAGCCAGCUCAACAUGGGCAAGUUUGCAGAGGUUGGCGAGAGCCUGAGGGAGAUGGGCGACCUGGUGGUGUCGUUGAUCGAACUGUCCGCCCAUGCCGCGUACUUGGCCGCUGUGGAGGUGCCAGGAUCGCAGGCGGCGCUGCCCGGCUUGGUGGACCGCUACAAGGUGACCCGGUGUAGGCACGAGGUGGAGCAGAGCUGUGCCACCCUCAGGACGGUACCUUUGUCGGAACUGACUCCGCAGUUGCUGCUAGAAGUCUCCCAGAACUUGUCGAAGAACCUGAAGAUUCUCACGGAUUCCAGCGUCUCCGCCAGCGAAAGAUCGAGGGACAAGUUUGCCAGAGAGCAAUUUAAGUUGGGAGUCAAGUGCAUGAGUACCAGUGCCACCGCUCUUUUGGCCUGUGUGAAGGAAGUGAAGACAUCUCCUAGUGAGCUCUCUAGGAAUCGCUGUGCCCUUUUCAGUGGACCCUUGGUACAGGCUGUCCAUGCUUUAGUAGGGUUUGCCACAGAGCCUCAGUUUCUGGGUAAAGCCGCCAUCCUGAAUUCAGAGGGCAAAGCAGUACAGACUGCCAUUCUAGGGGGUGCUAUGAGUGUGGUGUCUGCCUGUGUGCUCCUGACCCAAUGUCUCAGGGAUAUAACCCAACACUCUGAUAGCAGUAGCAAAAUGACAGACUACAAGGACAGAUUGAGAAGCUCUGCUUGUGCCGUCUCCGAUGGGUGCAAUUUGCUGUCUCAGGCACUGAGAGAGAGGUCAUCUCCUAGAACUCUACCGCCAGUAAACUCAAAUUCUGUGAAAUCACCCUAAACAGGGUUGCCCCCUUCACUUUACCAAAGAAUGUUGAUUUCAAGUUACUCCUUUUAGAGCUUGAGGUGAGCUUGAAAUUGGGCUCCCAAAGAACUGGAGGUGUACACUUGUCAUAAUGCCAGAGUGUGUAGGCAGAAAUCAAGAGGAUUGGUGUGAAUCUGUUUUAAAUUGAAAGUAUAAUUGCGCCUGUAAUUGCUGUUGGUGAGAGGAGAUUUAUUUUUUUUUCAAAAUUUUGAUAAAAAUAUUAAAACUAGUUUAAUUGAAUCCAUGGGAUGCGUUUCAACAAUCCCAUAGGUAUACGAUAAAAGCAACCACUCCAAAUAUAUAUAUUCAUUGGUAUAGAUCUAAUUUAUUUGGAAGUAAAACUUCUUGUUUUAUUGCGAUUUAAAAAUUUGAUUAGAAGGAAAAAAAAAUCCUUGUCUGAACAAGGUUAAUGUUGCAACGCAAAUUUUUUUUGUCAAGAACACAUGAUGGUAGCUUAAAAGAUUCAACAUUUAUUUUAGAUGAGUACUUGUUUGAAAACACACAAAUAAGGUUUGUAGUCCUCUUAUGUGUGAGUUUAAAUUUUUGUCUGUUCCGUUAUGUUCAGUGGGAUUAAUAGGCAAAAACAGACUGGCCUACAUUCUUUAGUGUAAAGUUGGGCACUGCAUUUUUUUAAUUUUUUUUUUUUUUAAAUGUGGUUGUACAUGUAAAAGUUUACUUUAGCAAGCAAUCGUGACACUAAUGUUUUUUUUUUUUUUAAUAAAACAAAUUUGGUCAUAUACGUUUAAAUAUCCUUUCUAUGUCUAAAGUGUGAGUGAGUAUAAUGCAGAGGCCAUUUUGCCUAUAAAUUAUAAAGAAUUGUGCAUUAAUUUAAAAUAGAAGGUAGGUCAGAGUCCCUGGCUAAGUGUGUUUUUUUUUUUUUUUUUAAACAAUUGUGUAUAUUGAAGUAUGCACAGUCAGUAUAUUUUGUAAGAAUCCGUGAUUUCUAUGGAAACUUGACAAGUAAUAACUUAUGUUCUAUUUAACAUCUAUCUCAAAUAAUUGUUCUUCAUAAUUUUGGGUAAGAUCACUCCUACUUCCUAGUUUAGGGGAAAGUCCCAUGGGAAAAUGUGUAGUGUUUUUUAUUCAUAGACUGUUUACGGUAUGGUGGCUCUGAGUAGUGUUUGUUCAGACAUUUCUUACCGAUGGUUUUUGAAACCUUUGGCUUAUGGCUUCACUAAUCCAUUUUAUUUCCAGCAAUUCUGUAUGAUUUUAUUUAAGUUUAAAUAUAUCCAUUUUCCAACAUACUGUUGUGCAGCAUCUUCUCAUAUUAACCCAUUCACUGAGAUAUGACAGCACAUUACAAACUUUGGCACGGAAAAGGUUGUCACAUUUCAUGAAACAAGCUGUCCCAGACAUAGCAGCAGUUAUAGAUUGCAUUUCCAGGACCCUAGCAGAAUUCCUUGCAACAACAUUCAUAAUUGCAAACCACUUUUUUUUUGGGUAGGCUUUCUUUGCAGCAACUAUUUUUUGUGCCAGUGCACAGGGUACAAUAUUAGUGAACAAAUCCCCAGCUGUGGAUUCCCCAGUUUUGCAUAUCUGGGCACCCACUGAAUGUCAUUCUCUCUGGCAGUGUCAAGCUUAUUAAAAUUGUGUUGCAACCAUCUCUCUACUGAAACCUCCCCGUAUAUUUUAUAUAGUUCUAUACCUAUUUGGUUCUAUCUAACUGUGUUGGUCAUAGAGACCAACCUCAUUUUAUGUGUCCAAUUUACAUUUCACUUGCAUAAUUUCAUCAUGUGAGAUCCAUUGUCCAGAAAAAAAAAGCCUCACAGUAGUAUGUUACAUCAAUUAAAGUAUAAAAACUGAAAGAAAAAUGGGAUAUUUGAAUGUAUAUGACCUAAUUUCUGUUUUAAUGCCCAGUGUUCCUUUAAUUUUUAGCAGGUAACAGCAGCUGUUCUUGUUGGCUUUUCUCUAAUUGUACGUUUGAAUAUCAUAAGGUGAAUAUUAAUAUUUUCAUUUAUGACAGUCACAUGUAUUAAUAUUUAGACCUGCUGAAACAAGGAUUUAAAUUUUUCAUUGAUACAAUUGAGCAAAUACGUCAAAUGUUUUUUCUUUCUUAUUGUUUACCGACUUUAUCUUUUAAGAGUUUGGAAGGAAAAAAAUGUUUUGCAGUGUGAUCUGGCACUAAAGUGGCAUUAAUGGGCCUUUAAAACACGUGCUGGGUGCGGUUUAAAGCCUGUGUCUUCCAGAUGUUCCCACCAGAAUUUUGCAGUGUGAUCUGUAGGAGUAAAAAGGUUACCUCAGUUACUUCAUUCUUUUUGAUGUUUGUAUGGCUUCUACCUGCUGGAUGUAGCUCCCUUUUAUGAAAUCUUGCAAUUUGGUGUGUGUGGAGUGUUUGGGAGCCCAGAGAGUGAGGCAAAAGUGAUUAAUUUCAAAUGUGCAGACUUACUGUUGGGAGGGUGGGUUACAGUGAGUGAUUCUUAUACACUAUAAUAAAAUAAUUUUGUCAUUUUUAC